AUGUCUUCACAAGACGACCCAGCAGCCGCCUGUCCCAUCGACCACAAAACACGCGAAGCAUGGCUCGCCCAAGCCCGCGCCCAAAAUACCAAUGCGCCUACAAACCUUCAUAACACCCCGGUCGCCCCGCCAGCACCUUCACAAGCAAAACCCGCCGUCCCACAAUCCUGCGACUCCUCCUCCCUAGACCAAAGUACCACAUCCCCGCCACCCACAAGCACAGGCAUCCUCUCCCAAAUCCGACUUGGCACCGACCGCGAAGUCAGCACCAUCCCGCGUGCCCUCCCCGACGCCCCCAGCGCCCGCCCCGCAAACAACGAGCGCGACACGGGCGCGGACAAGAAAACAGGUAACUGGAUCUACCCGUCCGAGCAAAUGUUCUUCGAUGCCAUGCGACGCAAAGCCUACGACCCCUCCGCCCCAGACAUGCGCACCAUAGUCCCCAUCCACAACGCCGUCAAUGAGCGCGCCUGGCACGAGAUCAAGGGCUGGGAGCGCGGCCGCGGCGCUGAAGCCUGCGGUGGACCCAAGUUGGCGAGUUUUAGUGGGCUGAGCACUAGUUUGACGCCGAGAGCGAGAUGGAAGAGUCUGAUGGGCUAUCAGGCGCCGUUUGAUCGCCACGACUGGGUUGUGGAUCGUUGCGGGACAAAAGUAGAAUAUGUGAUUGAUUUCUAUGCGGGCAAGGAUGAGAAGAAGGAGGGAAAGGCGCUGAAUUUCUAUCUGGAUGUUAGGCCCAAGUUGAAUAGUUGGGAGGGGGUUAAGAUGAGGGUUUUGAGGUUUUGGGGGUUUUAG